UGUUGGCGAGAUCUCGUAGCCGUACUCCCAUACCACGUGCGCGAGGAAGAAGGUCUUCAGUGUGGCGCUGAGGAGGCGGCCGGGAUGGCCAUAGUACCGAUUGAAGAAUUGGCCCGGGAGCUGUGUAAAGCGGGAGCUCAUGAUGCGGAGGACGGGAUCAUAGCAGCUAAGUCGCACGGUGAACUUUCACUUUAAAAGCGGAUUCCUGGAGUGCUGGCUUGUUGCGUUAUCAGAAGCUGGAGGGAGAAAGCGUUGUUCAGCCUCGACGUGGAGGGAGACGAGGCUGAGGGAUGACAUAAUCACAAUUGUGGGAGCUAUGCUUUCAUACAAACAAACCCCCGACGACACCUCCCAACCAACUCCUCACGACAACCACACAGUAUUCCCAGAAUGCGAAACCCACGCUGCGCCUUCAGCGCCGCCGCGGCAUUGCACCGGGUUUUCAUCCUCCCCGCCUCGCGGCCUCUCCUCUCCCAAUUCCGCCCCCAGCUACGCCCGUCAACUCUCCCCAAAUCCACAACCAGCGCCCUCUUCCAGCACCGCGGCUAUGCCUCCGCGCUCCCCCGCGAUGAGCAAAUCACGAAACUGAAUUUCCCCUUCGUACACCUCGUCGAUGAGGCGGGGAAGCUGUCCCCGCCGCAGCGCGUAGCAGAUAUCCUCGCUACGCUAGACCGAAAAACGCAAUCCCUUUACACCGUCGCGCUCCCGCCCCCGCGACUACGCUCGCGCUGGGAAGCCCCCCCCGGGGCCGCCCCAGCCAGCGAAGAGGGGACAGGGCGCGCAGCUCCCGAGAUCCCAGUGUGCAAGAUCAUCACGAAGGAAGUGGCAGGCAAGCCGACGAAAUCGGUGAAGAAGAAGGUCGCGAACCCGUCUGCGACGGUCAAGACGCUGGAGCUGAAUUGGGCGAUUGAUCCGCAUGAUUUGGAGCAUAGGUUGAAGCGGAUGAGGGAGUUUUUGGAGAAGGGGUAUAGGGUUGAUGUGGUGCUGAUUGGGAAGAGGAAGAAGAGGAAGGCGACGCAGGAGGAGGCGGGGGAGACUUUGAGGAGGAUUUUGGGGGGGGUGGAGGAGGUGGAGGGGGCGAAGGAGUGGAAGCCUAUGGAGGGGAAGGUGGGGGGGGUGGUGACGGUGUAUCUUGAGGGGAAGGCGAAGAAGGUGGAGGAGUAA